UGACGCCAGAAGUCCUUUAGAAGAAUGGGAACUAGCCGCUACUAACCUUGUGUCAAGAAGUUAAUAAUUGUCACUAGACCUUGUGUGUGGCAGACAGCGUUAGUCUAAUGGUUGUAUAGUGUUUGGUAUCAGCCGCUAUGGACAAAUUACGUGCUCUGCUCCAGAGGGCACUGGGAACAGUCAGACAGCACAUGGGCACUGACCAGUUUGGAAAUAAAUACUAUUACAUCCCUGCUCAGAAAACGCUGACAGGCCAAGCUUUAAGGGAAAGAAGAUUGGUUGAACCAGUAAAUAAAAGUGUACAUGAAUAUGAACUAGGCCAUAUUCCUACAGAGUGGGAAGCUUGGAUCAGAGGCAAAAGAAAAAGCCCUCCAACAAUCGAGGAAAUUCUUAAGAAUGAAAAAUUUAGAGAAGAAAUAAAAAUAAAAGGUGUAUCGUUUGAAAAAGAUCAACAAACGACUAGCAAAGAUGGACUGUUACAGCCAGGAAAAACUCAAAUAAAAGGACACGCCUCUGCUGUAGUCUAUGGAGAGAAAACACCAUCUGAGGAGCCUACAAGCACUGCAAAUACGUUUGAACCAGGAUCUUGGAUCCCAGCAGAUAAGAAGAAUCCUAAAAACUAGUCCUUAAUUAUUGUAAAAUAAAAUGGGCAUAUAUAAAUUUGCAUUAACAUUUUUAGAUGAAUAUGACUAAAGCAUGAAACUAUGUAUUGACUCGGAUUAUUGUAAAAGGUCUCUUGUGGAUUUCCAGUUGAUAAAACUGAAAGAGCACUUGCCGUGCUUCACAGGCCUAUCCUUGCUAUGUAUCUCUCUAUAACUUGCAGUUUGUGGUCUUAUCUUUUGUACUGAAGCUAAAUAAUUAAAUCCAGAUUGGCUCCUUUAACUAUCAAAAGUGGUGGGUAAAGGUUGACUGUUGAAAAAUAAUUUCAGCAAACAAGGUGUUAAUGUGUACUGAUAUAGUUCAGACUCAGUUCAUGUUAAUCUAUUGGAAGACUAAAGAAAAAAGCUUACUGCACCUUUAAAUUGUAUUUUUAUGUUAGAUAUGUUAACUGAACACUGUGCAUUUGUAUAUAAAACAGAAAGACUGACCUCCAAUUGAUCUCCAUUUGGAUUAAAGGAACACAAAAUAAAAAAAUAUAUAUUUUUAUGAUUUA